AUAUAUAUAUAUAUACUUUAUUAUCUCAUCGAGAAGUUGUAGUAAAAUAAAAUAAUAUUAUAUUGAGCGUUAAUUAUGAAGUAAAAAGUAUUCUCAAACAAUUUUUAAAGUGCAAAAUGGACUUGAAAACUUUCGCUGAUAAUGAUUUUGACCCCAAGGACUGGAUCAAUCGGGCUUGGAGUAUUAGUGGGAAUCAAGAAAAGGAGAUAUUUGUAGCCAAUACAGUAACAAGACUUCAACUGUAUAUGAAACAACUUAGUAACUCAUUAGAUGAAACAACAACUCAAAUACUUACGACUGUACCUCGAAUCAUUCAAGAUGUUUCGUCAUUACAACUAGAUGGUGCGUUACUUCAACAGAAGUUAAGGAGCUUAGAACAACAGGUUCAGAGCGUGGAAGAAGAGACUGGGCAUUCUAUUGAGAGCUUACAGAAGAUAGAUUUAUUAAAGAGCCGAUUAGAGAAUGCCGCAUCAGCCCUCCGCGAGGCAGAUAAAUGGGCGGCAUUGGCUUCCUCACUCGAAGACACCUUGGAAGCAGGGAUACCAACACAACUGGACAAGCUGAAGGAGGUGGCUGAACUGGUGGUCGCUAUGACUGAUAGCUUAGAGGUACUUAGUGAUGCACCCGACUAUGAGAAGAAGCGUACACAGUUGGAAUUGUUAUACAAUAGGCUAGAGGCGGCCAUUAGUCCCGCGUUCAUUGAAGCACUCACUCAGAUGGAUGCAGAUCGCACGAGUGCAUAUGUGUCAAUAUUCCGCGGUAUGAAUCGCUCGGUAUCCGCGCAUCGUUGUUGGCGACGCGCUGCGGCCGCUAGACAUUCGUCCAAUUGGCGGCGUCUUGACACGCACACUCUGGCGGCACUUACUAGACAACUCACCAGUGAUGCUAAUAGGCAGGUUGAUUGGCUGACAACGGUACUAAAGUCGGAAACGCCUAUAGCGGAAUUGAUAAGACUUUAUACGGACCUGCUUUUAUCUUUGGAUCCGUCACCGACUAAGAUUGUGACGGCGAAUUUUAAAUUAUGCCAAUCUACUGAUGAAGGGAUGACGAUGUUGAUCGAUUUGAAAGCAGAUAUAAAUGAAUUUAUUGAUUGUAUUAUUAGACUCAUAGGUGUUGGUAAUAAAGAGAAAUUAUCAAAAGCUACACUAAGAGAAUUGGGCAAAAUUGUUUACGCCCCGUUGAAAGAAAUGAUGCCGAAUUAUCAACAGCUUCAGACCCAGAUAUUUCUCGCUUAUUUAGAUGAUCCGCGGUUAAAUGAGAAGGAUCUUCUAGAAAACUCUAGAGCGAUACAGUCGAUAGCAGAAGAGAGUGACAACUGGUUGAGUUCAGCUUAUAGCAGAGGGAAGAAGAUUGCAGGAGAUGCUAUAUAUAUCUAUUUUAGUUCGGCCUUGGAGACAUUUAUGACCGCAAUUCUCCGUUCAAUAAGCAGUCACAUGCGCCUUAUUGAGAGCACAUUCCUCUCAUCAGCAUCAAAAGGUCAUCAUGAAGGUGUCCUUAGCGUGACAUUCCCCGCGUCCUUGACCCUGGAGACAGCCGCUGGUCUUCUCAUUGAUGUGAUGGUGAAAUGGCAGACUGCACCAGAAGAAACCCCCGAUGAGAAUCCCCUAUUCGAUCUUCCUGUCCUGUUAGGCCAGGAGUCCCGGGAAAGUAGGGCUUCGCCCUCUCUGGCGGAGCUCCGCAGAGUACGCGAUCAGUUGAAGACCCUCGCUAGGACGAUAUUGAGGAAUCCAGUUGAUGUCCAAUUAGAUAAAAUUCCGAGCCUAUCAUUAUGGUACAAUAAUGAUGCGCUGUCAACUGAUCUUCCAGACUUCGCGCUAUCGCCACAGGAGUAUAUCACAGAGAUCGGUCAAUAUUUGAUGACGUUACCUCAGCACUUGGAAAUGCAUUUAUCGGAGAAACAGGCGCCGUGGCAAUUUUUAUCUGAGGUUUGUACGUAUACGUGCGAAGUGUACGCUGAGAAGAUACUGAAUAUACGCAACAUGGACCCGCUUGGUACCAAACGUUGUCUCACAGAUAUUGUGUAUUUAACAAGUGUGGUUGAAGAUUUAGGGACGAAUGUAACUCCCGCCCUCAAGAAUUUGGAGAAAUCUUUGCGCAGUGCCACUACCAGCCAUUAACUUGUAAUUUGUUAACUUAUUAUUAUAUAAAAUUAAUAAAUGCUUUUAAUAUAA